AAACAUAGGAACAAUGGAAUACAGUUUUUUUUAGGUUACACCAAGCGCAAAACAGGGUAUUUGAAGAAGCUCUCAAGCGGCACAGAGACCUGGACCAUUUACCUCUGUAGAAUGUGUUCCCCCUUAACACAUGGACUCUUCCAGUCACCCCUGUCAUCCAGUGUGAAAUGGACUAUUCCUGAACUUUCCAUCGGAGUUCGCAAAGUGACGGAGUAGAGAGCAGGCGGAUGAAAACGGGAAGGCAAACUGUCUGAAUAUUGUAGAUAGUUUGUAGAUGUAGAUACAUAGUAUUAGUCCAAAUUAGAGGAGUUCUAUCGAUUGUGCGUGUGCGUGCAUCACAACAACCACACAUAUAUGCACAUCUAAUAAAGACAAUUUGGAUUAUUCAAGUGAGACAUCAUUGUUCUGAUCGGGCAAACUGUAGCCUUCAUCCAAACCCGGACUAGCAAUAGAGUGCAGAUUAACAAGAUUUUUCAUGGUCCUUCGAGCCGGAUGGUGAAUUGUUACAGAGAUGUCUCAACCUGAGAAUGAAGUGCCCGUUGUGCGUCCACGAAGACGGAUUAACCCACCAGCUCAUCUAGUGGACUACGAGCUUGGUGAGCCAUUGCAGCAUCGACAGCCACUCCCAGGCCACAGUCCAAUCAGAGGACAGUCACCAAGUACAGUAGGACAUACCAGAUCGAGUUCUCCUGUCAGCCAAGAUUUCGAACGUGGUAAAUGGACACUGAGAGACGAAUGGCCAAGUGCAUCUGAUGGGCGAGAAGGAAAUGAAGUAGAGUUUACAGCCAUGUUACAAGAAAUGAAACAAGAGAAUGCAGUCCUGCGAAAACAAGCCAACCAGCUUCCAGAGAUUAUCUCAGCAUUACAGGACAUGCGCCAUCAGAAUGCCAUGUUACAUGACAAACUUAAAAGUCUUGAGGCAGAAAAGGAAUCCCCCUUCAGGCCAGUGACUUUUCCAGCCCCGUCUCCAGGUCCCUUUACUCCAGGGGUGAGCCCUGAGACCCCACAACGGUUUCGUCCAAUUCCAGCCCCACGGAUAAAGCCACCAACAAAGCCUACUGCUGUGAGAGGACAGCGCCCAGCUACAGUGGACGAGUACCCUGGAAUGGCAGAGGAUUUUAGGAACAUGGACAUUUCUUCCUCAAUGCCUGAGAGAGUACCAACACCAGUACAUUACAGGGACCCUCCUCAGCCCAGGUACCCUCAUUCCACACCGCACAUUCCAUCUCAUCUGUCAGAGUUCAAGACUCCAGCACGUGAGCGGAUACUGCCCGCUCACACCGACUACAGUAAAGUUUAUUACCAGCCUCCAUCCACACAGGAAAAGAUGUACAGAGGCCCUGCUCCAACUAUCCCCUUUCUGACAACCCCGAACCCUAGAGAGUUCUCUAGACUGAGGAUAGCACUAGAAAACAUUCUACCUGAGGAUGCAACAGAACAGUUCAAGUACCAGAUCCUCACUGACCACCUGAAACUGGAGGAAGCGCUACUUGUGGCGGACUCAUAUAGCAACUCAAGGUUCCCAUUCACAAACACCCUGAGAGCCCUCAAUAAAAUGUAUGGUCAGCCCCACCAUCUAGCAUUACAGCGCAUUGCCGAAUUGAUGGAUGGUCCAAACAUUAGCAGUGGGGACGUGAAAGCUUUUCAGAUGUUUGGACUCCAAGUGCGCUCCCUGGUUAGUAUGCUGGAACAGCUGGGCCAGAAAGGCAAUGUUGAGCUGGAGUGUGGGUCACAUGUCUCCAGAUUGAUGAGUAAACUGCCACAUGACCUCAGGUCCAGUUUCAAGAGGUACACUCACCCUCUUUGUGUCAGCAUCCCCACCUUAUUGGACUUUGCAGAUUGGCUUGAGUAUGAGCUUCAGGUGCAGGAGGAGCACACUGACUAUUCUAGUCAGCCCAAAGCUUCAUCACUGUUGAGAAAGGAGAUGAGAAGAGACUCUAAACAACCUCGUAAAUCCACUACCAUCCUCCUUGGUACAGAGAACCCAAAACCCAGCCCAACCACACCAGCACAUCCACCCAAACCAGCCGCUGUUAAGAGAGAAGGGGUGAAUGCUUACUGUCCAUACUGCGAAAACAACAGACAUUUCUUGAAUGGCUGUGAGAACUUCAAGCUUCUCAGUAAGGAACAGAAAGUGACUUGGAUUAAAGGUCAAAAUAGAUGCUGGCGCUGUGGACGUGGUCAUCAUGCCGCCAAUUGCACACUCAAAACCCUUUGUCCAACUUGCAACAGGAAACAUCUACAGGCACUACACAAUGUAAAUGAGCAAGGUAGAGCUACAGAAGAAGCAGUUACAUCCAGUGCAGUCUUGUAUGUGGAUCGUCCAACUUGUGACAACAAAAUUCUGCUGAAGGUAACCAAAGUUCUGCUCCAAAAUGGCCACAAAUCCAUGGAGGCAUAUGCAAUUCUGGAUGAUGGGUCAGAACGGACCAUUAUCCUACAAGAAGCAGUCAAGAAGUUGAAUUUGAAGGGACAGCCAGAAGACUUGGUUCUUCGCACAGUCAGGCAAGACACCCAGACCAUUCACGGGGCGGCUGUGACCUUCACUGUGUCUUCAGUAGCGUACCCAAGGAAGGCCUUCAGGAUACGGAGUGCCUUCACCGCCAACAGCCUGGGCUUAGCAGAACACACACAUCCAGUCAAGGUACUCCAGAAAAGGUACAAGCAUCUUGAGGGCCUGCCACUACAGCACCUUCACAAGGUGAAACCAGUGGUUCUCAUUGGCUCUGACUGCCCUCACCUCAUCACGCCAAUCGAACCAGUUAGACUGGGUCCUCCUGGUGGCCCUGCUGCUGUGAGAACACGUCUAGGAUGGACACUUCAAGGCCCAGCGCUGGAAAUAUCCAGCAAGCUUUCCCCACAACAGUGUCUCUUCACCAGCUUGCGGCCUAGUAAUGACAUUUAUGCGAAUGUGGAGAAACUGUGGAAAAUUGACAUUCUUCCAUAUCAGAAUGAGAAGGUACUGACAAGGUCAAGGCAAGACCAAGAGUGUAUCAAACUUCUCCAAGACAAAACAGUGAGAGUGGAUGUUAACGGAAUCCAGCGUUAUGCUACCCCUCUUCUACGGACAAAGGGUAUGCCAUGUCUACAUGCACCCAAAGAAGCUGUCCUGCCACAAUUAAGGGGAAUAGAAAAUCGGCUCAACAAGAAUCCUGAGCAAGCUGCAGCCUACCAAGAGGAAAUAGUCAGGUUACAGCAAGCUGGCUACAUCACCAAACUCAGUCCUGAUCAGGUGGACCGUUCUAGAGAGAGUUGGUACAUCCCACAUCAUCUGGUGGAACAUAAUGGAAAGAAAAGGGUCGUCUUCAACUGUUCAUUUGCUUACCAAGGUCACAACCUGAAUGAGUACUUGCUCCCAGGUCCCCCACUCAGUCCUUCUCUGCUGGCAGUUCUCCUGCGUUUUCGAGAGCAUUCCAUCGCCAUUAGCAGUGACAUUCGUGGGAUGUUCCACCAGGUACGGCUUUUACCUGAAGACAAACCACUACUGAGAUUUAUUUGGAGAGAUCUUCAGAGAGAUAAAUCACCAGACGUGUACGAAUGGCAAGUUCUACCCUUCGGAACCACAUGUAGCCCUUGCUGUGCAACAUUCGCUCUACAGAAGCACGUCCUGGAUAACAGUGAGUCUGAAGACACGAGGUUCUCAAUAGAGAAAUCUUUCUAUGUUGACAACUGCCUUCAGAGUUUCACCUCAAGUGAAACAGCUAAAUAUUUUGUUGACAAACUCAGCAACCUCUUAAGUUCAGGAGGCUUUGACUUAAGACAGUGGGCGAGCAAUGACCCAUCAGUCAUCAGUCACCUGCCAGCUGAUGCUCGAUCCCAAAGCAAUAUCCAGUGGCUCAGCGAAGGCCAUCAAGACUCACAAGAGUCAACCCUCGGGCUACAUUGGCAUUGCUCAUCGGACUCUCUCUCCUAUAAGCAACGUUGGAUAAAUCACCCACGUCCAACUAUGCGGAGUAUAUACCACACCCUCGCUAGCCAGUAUGACCCCAUUGGCUAUAUUACACCAUUCACAACACGAGCCAAAGUAAUUGUACAGAGGCUAUGGGACAAAAAAAGAGACUGGGACGAUACCAGACUGCCUGAGGAACUGUUGAACUUGUGGAAAGCUUGGGAGAGAGAGCUGGAUGAUCUACAGCACAUUUCGUGGCCGAGAUGUUACUGCAGCAAAGAACUAGAUUACCCUACCAGCACCAGACAGAUCCAUAUUUUCUGUGAUGCUUCAGAGCAAGCCUAUGGUUCUGUGGCUUACCUACGAACUGAAAACCCAGAAGGUAAAGUGGAGGUAGCCUUCGUCGCUGCUAGAUCUCGGGUAGCCCCGAAAAAACAACAGACCAUUCCACGGUUGGAGUUAUGUGCAGCAGUGACUGGUGCCCAGCUCGCAAAGACUCUGAAGACAGAACUGACUUUGCACAUCCACAGCGUCACCCUGUGGUCUGAUUCCACCACUGUCCUAAACUGGUUGCUAUCACCCUCCUGUCAUUUUAAAGUGUUUGUAGGCACCAGAGUGGCAGAAAUCCAGGAACUCACAGAGUCUGAUAAGUGGAGGUAUGUGCCAUCAAAGGAGAAUCCAGCAGAUGACAUCACCAAGGGAAAAUCUCUCUGUGACAUAAACCAGGAAAGCAAGUGGAACAAAGGUCCCAAAUUUCUCAGGGAAACCACUGACCACUGGCCAGAGAUGCUGCCUUUACUGACCAUUGAUCAAGACUGUGAACUAAGAAAGCCAGUCUUCUGUGGUCUAUCAACGUCCUCCCCACCCAUUCCUUAUCCACAGAAGUAUGAUACACUUCCAGAGAUGCUAAAGGCAUACAUCCAGCAAGUCAAUGGGGCAGCCACUAACAUCCCAACAGCAGACGAUUACAAAGAGGCAGAACUUGCAGUCCUUCGUCAAAGCCAGUACGAGUCAUUUCCAGAGGAACUGUCCUGCCUUAGAGCAGGUAAACCCUUGCCAAGAAAUAGCCGCUUACUGUGCUUAGCUCCUGAAUUUGAUGAGGAUACAGAACUCAUACGAGUUGGUGGUCGACUUCGUCAAAGCAGCCAACUGGAAGAUGAUGCUGUACAUCCCAUUGUCCUCGAAUCACGUCACCCUCUCACCAAACUAAUAAUCAAGGACUAUGACAAUCAGUUACAUCACCCAGGGCCAGAUAGGGUGUUCGCGGAACUUAGAAGAAAAUACUGGGUGAUACGGGGACGAGCCACAGUCAGAAACCACCAACGACAGUGUCCAGAGUGUCAGAGAUGGCGGGGACAACCACAUCCCCCCAGAAUGGCAGACCUCCCACCUUCUAGGCUAAGGAUACAUCAACCUGUCUUCUACUCGACAGGUGUGGAUUGCUUUGGACCUUAUACCAUAAAGGUGGGACGUAGAACUGAGAAAAGAUGGGGAAUCAUCUUUAAAUGCAUGACUUCACGUGCAGUUCACAUUGACAUUCUCACCAGUAUAGACACCGAUUCCUUCUUGAUGGCUUUACGGCGAUUCAUUUCAAGACGUGGGAAACCCUUUGAGCUCCUAGCAGACCAAGGUACCAACUUUAAAGGAGGAGAAAAAGAACUAAGGAAGUCAUUCAACUCUCUUCACCCUGACCUCCAAACCCAACUCGCUAGCCAACAAAUCAAAUUCAUCUUCAAUCCACCCAGUGCACCACACUUCGGUGGAUGUUGGGAAAGAGAAAUACGCUCCUUAAAGGCUGCACUUCAAGUCACCAUUGGUGCCCAAACGGUUACAGAAGAAGUACUUAGAACAGUCUUCAUAGAGAUAGAGGGCAUCCUCAACUCCAAGCCCAUUGGCUAUACCUCUUCGGACAUUGCCGAUCCAGAUCCUGUGACUCCAAACAUCUUGCUGAUGGGGCGGCGGGAUGCCUCAUUACCGCAAGUGGGAUAUCAGGACACUGAGCUCUUGAGCCGUAGGAGAUGGAGACAUAGCCAGGUCUUGGCUGACCACUUUUGGAAGCACUUUAUCCGGCACUACUUACCCAAUCUCCAGAUAAGACAAAAAUGGAAAACCGAAGAAGCCAACUUGCAGAUCGGUGACACAGUCAUGAUCGUGGACCAGCAACUACCUCGUUCACUUUGGCCCAUAGGCAGAAUUGUUCAGGUCUUUCCUGGGCACGACCAACGAAUUAGAUCUGCAGAAAUACAGAUCAGAGACAAGACUUACACCCGACCUGUAACCAAGAUUAUUUGUCUGCCCCCACUCCCUGAUUAGCAAAGACAAAUUUAGGCAAAAUUCACACUGUGAAUUUGGGGCGGCUGUAGAAUGUGUUCCCCCUUAACACAUGGACUCUUCCAGUCACCCCUGUCAUCCAGUGUGAAAUGGACUAUUCCUGAACUUUCCAUCGGAGUUCGCAAAGUGACGGAGUAGAGAGCAGGCGGAUGAAAACGGGAAGGCAAACUGUCUGAAUAUUGUAGAUAGUUUGUAGAUGUAGAUACAUAGUAUUAGUCCAAAUUAGAGGAGUUCUAUCGAUUGUGCGUGUGCAUGCAUCACAACGUAAGUAAUUAUAUCAUUACUGAGCAUUCUUAGCAACUCUAAGGAUUAACGCUAUUACGCCUGUAUAAGUGUUUACAUUUUACUGUUGUUUAUAUGAUUGUGCUCCACCGGAAUUAUACUGCUACUUUUCAGUAUUAUUCAUGUUAUUUACUGUCAAUACAUGCAUAUUUAGUCAUUACAAAUAAGGAUACACGGCCGCAUCUCGGGUAGCGCGCAUGCGCUCUGGAGUUGUUUACGUUCGAAGAUACAACACUCACACAGCAGAGAUGUUCACGUGAACAGUUCAUGCGCAGUGUUAGCGCACAUACAUAGUUUGUAUAUGUUUAUACUGGACACCCAUUUCCACUUAUAUAAGUAGUUAGACCUGGAUUGUUAUAUUGUCUGUUAUAUUUAUCUCCAUUGAACAGCCAUUUUCAAAUAAGCUUUAUUUAAGUUGUUGUAUGUAUACAUUUAAUUUCAUAUCUAUGUUUCUAUUUUAUAUUUUCAGAACCACACAUAUAUGCACAUCUAAUAAAGACAAUUUGGAUUAUUCAAGUGAGACAUCAUUGUUCUGAUCGGGCAAACUGUAGCCUUCAUCCAAACCCGGACUAGCAAUAGAGUGCAGAUUAACAAGAUUUUUCAACCUCCAUGCACACAUAUUGACAUUGGGAAUUAUAUUGUUAUUGG